CGUGUGUGUUGUUUCUAAGGAGGAAUCCGCCGCGUGGGUCCUUCAUUGGCCGCCGUCGCUUCCUGAUCGGUUUCAUAUUGAACAUGGCGGCUGUUAGUAAGUAUCUGACAGCCGGCAAUUCCUCUAUCGCAGGUGCUUUGCUUUUCGCCUUGUAUGUAUUGAAACAAAGACUGUCUUCGGAAACCAAUGGAGAGAAAGGGACGCCAAAACCAUUGUUGGACAAUGCUAAGGAUAGAAAGACAGACAAGGCUGCGGUGGACAAGGUGUUCUUCAAGCGCAUUUGUCAUAUCAUCAAAAUCCUGUUGCCACAGACCAUUUGCAAAGAGUCCGGAUAUUUGCUUCUCAUCGCUGUCAUGCUCAUGGCCAGAACCUACUGUGACGUCUGGAUGAUACAUAAUGGGACCAUGAUCGAGAGUGCAAUUAUUGGACGUUCGACAACCUCGUUCAAAAGAUACUUGGUCAACUUUAUCACAGUCAUGCCUUUUAUAUCUCUAGUAAAUAACUUGUUAAAACUGGGACUCAACAAACUGAAGCUGUGUUUCAGAGUGAGACUGACCAAUCAACUUUACAAUGACUACUUGACGGGGUUCACGUACUAUCAAAUUGGCAACCUGGACAACCGUAUCGCCAACCCAGACCAGCUGAUAACUCAAGAUGUAGAGAAAUUCUGUAACAGUGUGGUUGACCUCUAUUCCAACGUCAGCAAGCCUCUACUAGACAUAUUGAUCUACAUCUGCAAGCUGAACACAGCCAUCGGAUCUCUUGGUCCAGCUAGUUUGCUGAGCUAUCUGGUGUUUUCUGGUCUGCUCCUUACGAGGCUGCGCAGGCCGAUUGGAAAGAUGACCGUAACAGAGCAGAGGUACGAGGGGGAGUACAGAUACGUCAACUCUCGCCUCAUCACUAACAGCGAGGAGAUUGCAUUCUACAACGGAAACAGGAGAGAAAAGCAAACGAUCAACGGCACAUUCCAGAAACUGGUGGACCACAUGAGUCGCUUCAUACACUUUCGUUUCUCAAUGGGUGUCGUGGACAGCAUCAUAGCCAAAUACAUAGCAAUGGUGGUGGGCUACCUGGUUAUUAGCCGGCCCUUCCUGGACCUCACAAACCAGAGACAUGUGAACAGUACGUACUCUGAACGACUGGAAGACUACUACCAGAGUGGGCGGAUGUUGAUGAGUUUGGCACAGGCCCUGGGAAGGAUCGUCCUGGCCGGCAGAGAGAUGACCAGACUGUCCGGGUUCACUGCGCGGAUCACAGAAAUUCAGGAAGUGCUUAGGGAGCUGAACUCAGGCAGAUAUGAACGGACCAUGGUAACACAGAGACUCAAAGAUGAUUCAGUAGAGAAAAUCCCUCUCACCCCCGGGAGAGGUGAAAUCAUCAUCACUGACAACAUUAUCAAGUUUGAACACAUACCUUUAGCGACGCCCAAUGGAGACGUCCUUAUUCAUGACUUGUCUUUUGAGGUGUCUUCUGGGACAAACGUGUUGGUCUGCGGGCCCAACGGAUGCGGAAAGAGUUCACUCUUCAGAGUGCUGGGAGAGCUGUGGCCUCUGUGUGGAGGACAACUCACAAAACCAGAGAGAGGGAAACUCUUCUAUGUUCCUCAGAGGCCCUAUAUGACACUGGGUUCCCUUAGAGAUCAGGUGAUUUAUCCCGACACACAUGAAGAACAAAAGAAGAAAGGAACGUCUGAUCGGGUGCUGAAGGAAUAUCUGGACAAUGUCCAGCUGGGACAUAUCCUGGAGAGAGAGGGCAGCUGGGACAGUGUGCAGGACUGGAUGGAUGUCCUCAGCGGAGGAGAGAAGCAAAGGAUGGCUAUGGCUCGUCUGUUUUACCACAAGCCCCAGUUCGCUAUUCUGGACGAGUGCACCAGUGCUGUGAGUGUGGAUGUGGAGGACUUCAUCUACAGACACUGUCGGAAGGCUGGCAUCACGCUGUUCACGGUCUCCCACAGGAAAUCACUAUGGAAGCACCAUGAGUAUUACUUGCACAUGGACGGAAGAGGAAACUACGAGUUCAAACCCAUCACGAAGGAAACGGUGGAGUUCGGAUCGUAAUAAUCAUGAUAAUGACCUUUGGCCUCAUUCAUGAGCCAAUCAUUUGUAAUAAUAUUCUUAAAUCGCUGCUUGUGAACGUUUGUGCAGGAAUGAUUUUACACAGAAGUUCAAACUCAUUCAUGAGGCCUGUUGGGACUGAAUGCGGGUCGGAAGCAAUAUUAUUGUGCACCUAUUCAGAAUUCAUAACUCUUUAUAAGACGUUGUUUAACGGAACGGCUUUUCUUCCUCUGAGGGAAAGGAUUGUAACUCUGUGGAUAAAUAUCUCUCAGGGAGAGGUUACUGUGCAUUAUAUUAAAUAGAUUUUUGUAAGGAACGAAACUGGGUUUGUUAUCCCUUUUAAAAAUCAAGCAUUUGUAUAAAAUAUGAAAAUCAUGUUUUUGUUGUGAUGAUUUGUGUUUUGAAACUGUAACGUUGUUGCAUGACACUGGUAUAAUUACAGUAAUAUGGAAACUGUAUUUAAGUGUAAAGAGCUGUCUAUAUGAAAUAUUGAAGCCUAAUAUGUUUGAGAACCUACUGGAUACAUUGUGCCUUUAAAGACCGGUUUUAUUCAUUUUACUGAAUUGCAGAACGCACAAUGAAAUAUCUUGUGUGAGAUUUUAAAAGCAAAGAAAUUCUACAUUUUAAUGUCAAUUUGUUUUUCUUCCAUUAUUCGUUUUAUAGGAGCUGAAAUAUGGGAUGGGUUACGGUUUUGGAACACAUACACAAUUAUUUGCAUUUUAUUUUCAAUGUAAGGUUUUAGUCCUGAAAUGGAAGAAAAAGAGAAAUAAAUAAUAGUAUAUCUUGA